AUGAAAUUUGUUCGUUAUUUACCUCCUUCACCAAAUUGGUACUCUGGUUGUGCCUCAUUGUGCGUAGAGUCUAACAUUUUUGCUUAUGCCUCUUAUGAAUCCAUUAUACUACUGGAUUCUGAUACAUUUGAGUAUGUUGGGACACUCAAAGGUCAUAAAGAUAAGGUUAAUGCAAUAUCACUUGCAUCUAGUUCUAAGGAUAAAACUAUUUGUAUUUGGAAUGUUGAAUCAGAAACACGCGUGAAAGAAUUAACACUGCCAGCACCAAUGUCUCAUUUAACUGAUUCACAAAAAAAAAGGCUAAAUUUGGCUUUAACAUGGCUGCCUAAACGUAAUCAAUUAAUUGUGUCAUCUUAUAGGGGUGAUUUGUUAACGUUUGAUUCGGAUCAUGCCAAAACCAAAUUCAACAGAUUUACAAAUGAUGUUAACUCACAUAAUAGAUCAGUAAUAAAAAUCAUUUCAUAUCCAUGUGCAGCUAUUUUGGCAAUUGAUCCAACAAAAAUUGCUUUUGCUUCAAACGAAGUUCAUGUCUGGGAUUAUGCUAGUGAAGAUGGUCUUUAUGAUAAUAAAGAUUUUUAUAAAGUAAUUAAAUUUAGUAAUAAUGCUACUUGUGUUAAGUGGCAUCCUUAUGAAGAAGGUGUUUUAGCAUUUGGUACAAAUUCGGGUAUGGUCGGUUUUUUUAAUAUUUAUCAGAAUGGAAAUAAUUCAACAGUUUUCAAAUCCUAUCAUAAAGGAGAAGUAACAUCUCUUCAAUGGUGUAAAAGUGAAUGGAUAGAUUUGCCGAUAAAUAACAAAAAAGAUUCUGACAUGUAUCUGCUUAGCUGUUCAUUAGAGACCGGAUUGCUUUUAAAUAUUCAGUCUAGUCCUAGGACAGUCUCAUAUCAAAUUGACAAUUUUAUAAAAGUUAAUUCUUGUGGUGAAUUAUUGGCUGUUGGGAAUAAUGAUGGUGGAAUUGAAGUUUAUGAACUUCCCUCAUUUAAGCUUGUUUAUCGUAGUAUUGGUCACACUGGAAAAAUAACAAAACUCAAAUGGUGCAAUCUAGAUAAUUCACGUUUACUUGCUUCCGGAUCACAAGAUACUUCAAUAUUAAUCCAUGACUUUACUGAUAUUGAAGAAUUAAACAUUACAACAAAAUUUAUUUUUAAAUCACACAAGAAAAUGAUAACUGAUUUGUCAUGGUCACCACUCACUAACGAUCAUUUAUUAUCAUCAUCUGGUGAUGGAACAGCUAUUGUAUGGAAUUUAAAAGAUGGUUCGCCAAUUUCUAUGUUUGAUGAUGCACACCUUAACAAGAUACUAAGUGCUACCUGGAGUUUACACGAACCUGAUCUAGUAUUUACUGGAG